UCCUCGUGUUUCUUCAUUUACAGCAGUUCACAAAGCUGUAUAAGCGAAAACUUCUUAUAUCGCUUGCAGGGCGUCUAGGGAGUCUCCCAGUCACCACCACCACCAUCAGAGGUCAUCAAUCACGACUUCCCAGUCACUGGGCGACGUUCUUAUCAUGAGCGCCUCUGCUUCCCCCAUAGACAAAGAACUCAAAGAAGUAUUCUAUGAGUACAUUGACAACGAGAUACCCAUCCAUCUACUUCAUAUCAGCAAAGAUGAUCAGAAGAUAAAAGUUCAACUCGUGAACCGGAACUUCAUCAAGGAGCGAUUCUUCGAUCCAGUCCUCAAAAAGAUUUCCGCAGAAUUCCCCAAAACAACGCCUAUGGACGAGGACAGGGAAGAUAGGAUCAAAGCGCGGCUGAAGGAAGAACUGAAAUAUGCCAUGUUCUCACAUAGAUGGUUGUCAGAUGAAGAAGAGCCUCUGCAUUGCGAUGUGUCGAAGGGACUGAUCGAACUCUCCGAUCGCCCCGGAAAAGGAUGGCAGAAACUUGAAAACUUUUGCCGUGCAGCGAUAGAUGACCACGAUUGCGAAUUCGCUUGGUCCGAUACGUGCUGCAUAGACAAAACUAGCAGCUCAGAGCUGGAUGAAUCCAUCCGCUCCAUGUUUCGCUGGUACAGGAAUUCUCAUGUGUGCAUCGCUCUACUGUCGGGAACGGCACACAUCGCAGCGCUUCAAAAGCAGGAGAAGGGUGAAAGAGGUGAAGAAGCGAAUAUCGAUGCUUGGUUCACAAGAGGGUGGACACUUCAAGAGCUCCUCGCUCCGUUGCGAAUCAAAUUCUACGGAAACGACUGGAAGCCCCUCAUCAAAGACCCUACGAACGACAGAGACAACGAGGUCAUCAUGUCAAAGAUAUCAGACCUCACGAACAUCGAUGUGACUGAUCUCCGGUCAUUCACACCUGGCAUAGACCGAGUGCCAGAAAAGAUGUUGUGGGCAUCCAGGAGACGAACGACUCGCAUCGAAGACGUCGCUUACAGCCUUAUCGGAAUAUUAGACAUCAGUUUCAUGAUUGCAUAUGGCGAGGGCAACAAAGCCUUCUUCCGCCUCAUGGAGGAGAUAUUGAAGAGAUACGACAAAUGGGACGUGUUUCUCUGGAGCGGACGUUGUUCCCGUUACAACGCGGCCCUCCCAAACGCUCCACACUGCUAUGUUGGGGGAUGUACGGAAACAUCUCACAGCGCAGUUGAUGAGGGCGCACCCUACGAGAAUGGAGAUAGGCGCUUUGCCUUGACCAACCACGGCCUUGAAGUCAGGGUUCUCCUACUGGAAGUCGAGGCAGACAUAAGCCAAUACUCGCACAACUCGUGCAUCACGUUCAGGCAUGAUCACUUUAAGGUGGAUGUAACGUACCUUGGUCCCAAGCACAAACUUCAUGACGCAAACUGGGCAAUAGGUGUCCUCGACUAUUGCGUAGUAAGCGACGAGGAAGGUUUCAUUGACAGGUCUAGUCCAUUUACCGGAUUCUUGCUGUCCUCGAAUGCAAAUGCAUCUCCUCAUCUCGCAGCAACCGCAAAGUGGAAAAAGGAGAUGACAAAGGAAGUUAUCAUAUUUCGUUCACCCGACCACGUAGAAGGACGUCCGACCCUGUUGUACCUUUAGCAUGACUUUUGCUAUUGAGCCUUUACUUGUAGAUCUUCUGCUCCUUCAAACUCUUUAUCUUGUGUACAGAUGCUUUUGAUAUGUUGCGAAUCAGUCAUUAGUAUACCAUGAUAUCAUGUGCUCAAUAGCUGAACCAAGGUUA